AUGAUGACGUGCCGUCUGCUGUGCGCCCUGUUGGUGCUCGCCCUGUGCUGCUGCCCGUCCGUGUGCGUGACAGGGAGUGAAGUUGCAACUGGUAAAUCUGUAAAAGAUUCCGUUCCAACGAAGUCUAAGCCAGACGAACAAAAGCAGGUAACGGGUCCGCCAAGUACAACUCCUUCUCCACCAAAGAAUAACGAUGAAGGGAGAGGGACGGAACAGUCACAUACAACGGGUACAAUAACCAAAACGCCACAGUCACAAAAUACUUCCAAUAUUACACAGGAUCAAGAUGGUGGGAAGUCUAAUGAACAGACAGAACAUACGAACGCCGUUACGGCAAAUGAACAAAAGAAGGCUGCCGCACCAACAACGACCACCACGAGUACAACACAGGCGCCAACCACCACAACGACCACACAGGCACCUAUUAAUAAGGCCACAACUACAGAGGCGCCAACCACGACGACCACCCGCACACCGUCACGUCUUCGCGAAAUCGACGGCAGCCUCAGCAGCUCUGCGUGGGUGUGUGCCCCGCUGCUGCUCGCCGUAUCCGCGCUGGCGUACACCACUCUGGGCUGA